CGCGCCUCGGCUCCCGCAUCCCUCCAUCCAACCCUGUGCCGCAGCCGCAUCGCCACCGCAGCCUAGGCAGAGCCCAGUCGGCCCAGGCCCCUGUCUCUGCCUGGCCUCAGCUCCCCGCCCCCCCCCGCCGCGCACCUUAUCCGCACCUUAUCCUCGGAGGUCUAGCCCGGUGCCCCCAGACCCCGGCCUCCAGCACAGAGGCAAGAGGCAGAGAGCAGCAGCGGAGGCGGGAGGACGAAGAAGGGGAGGAGGAGCCCGUCGCAGGAUGAAGGAUCGGACUCAGGAGCUGCGGAGUGCAAAAGACAGUGAUGAUGAAGAGGAGGUGGUCCAUGUGGAUCGAGACCACUUUAUGGAUGAGUUCUUCGAGCAGGUGGAAGAGAUCCGAGGCUGCAUCGAGAAACUGUCUGAGGACGUGGAGCAAGUGAAGAAACAGCACAGCGCCAUUCUUGCCGCCCCCAACCCCGAUGAGAAGACCAAACAGGAGCUGGAGGACCUCACGGCAGACAUCAAAAAGACGGCAAACAAGGUCCGGUCCAAGUUGAAAGCGAUCGAGCAAAGCAUUGAGCAGGAAGAGGGGCUGAAUCGUUCCUCUGCAGACCUGCGCAUCCGCAAGACCCAGCACUCCACACUCUCUCGGAAGUUCGUGGAGGUAAUGACCGAAUAUAAUGCAACUCAGUCCAAGUACCGGGACCGCUGCAAGGACCGCAUCCAGAGGCAGCUGGAGAUCACUGGUAGGACUACUACCAAUGAAGAACUGGAAGACAUGUUGGAAAGCGGGAAGCUGGCCAUCUUCACGGAUGAUAUCAAAAUGGACUCACAGAUGACGAAGCAAGCUCUGAAUGAAAUCGAGACAAGGCACAAUGAGAUCAUCAAACUGGAAACCAGCAUCCGAGAGCUGCAUGACAUGUUUGUGGACAUGGCCAUGCUCGUAGAGAGCCAGGGUGAGAUGAUUGACCGAAUUGAGUACAACGUGGAACAUUCCGUGGACUACGUGGAACGAGCCGUGUCCGACACCAAGAAAGCUGUGAAGUAUCAGAGCAAGGCCAGGAGGAAGAAAAUUAUGAUCAUCAUUUGCUGUGUGGUGCUGGGGGUGGUCUUGGCGUCAUCCAUUGGGGGGACACUGGGCUUGUAGGCCCCUACCCUUCUCUUCCCCAGGACCCUCCCCACACAUCGGGAGCAAUACCCCCCGACCCUUUCACCUUUUCCCUGCUCCAAGCUCACUCCCAAAACAGACCCAGGCAGUUCCAGCCACUCUUACCCUCACGCAGACCCUGGAGUCCCUGGCUCUCACCUUGCCGCACAUAGAUAGCAGCAGGCGUGAUCACACAUGCACACCAACAUGCAUGCCGAGGGCACAUGCUCAAGAUGUGUGGACACCCCAGCGUGUGUGUACUUGUGUAGAUGUAUGUAGAUGCCCCGACCCUCUUGCUGCCACCUUCAUCCUGUGUGGUCUGAGCUUUCCUCUCUAUCCGGCUGCUGUGCUAACUGUAGCAGCCCACCAUGGCCCAACCUGUCCUGUGUGAAUAGACAUGGAUAGUGUGUGUGUGUGUGUACACAUGCACGUGUGUGUGUGUGUGCGUGUGUAGAUCUGUGCCCAUACAGUGUAUGUGCAUUGAGUUUUGUGAGUGUGAAAACCCAAUGUAAAAGCAAUUCCUCCACUGACCUUCUCUCCUAUCUGCUACAUCUGGACUGGGAGGAACGUGUAACGAUAAUUCACAUCCUCAGAGGAUCCAGGGAGGCCCAGCGACCAUGCUGCACAUCUUAUAUGAUGUAGAACAAACUCUCCUGGCUUGCUUACUGUAAGCCAGGGGUCCAAUCAUGUCCUGGGGACUCUCUCUCUCUCUCUCUCUCUCUCUCUCUCUCUCUCUCUGUGUGUGUGUGUGUGUGUGUGUGUGUGUGUGUGUGUGUGUGUGUGUUGGGUCUUUGAGUUCAGGGGAAGCACGUGGAAGCCUGUGUGUGUAAAUGAUAAACAGCCUGGCUUAGUUUGGAUGAAUGUGUAUUUUCCUUAACAAAUGAUGUAAAGGGCUUCUGCACGAGGUGUGUGUGUGUGUGUGUGUGUGUGUGUGUGUGUGUGUGUGUGUGUGUGUAAAGUAUUGAUAGUUUUCUCCUCAGACAGAGCCCUCCACGCUGUGAAUCAGACAUUAUUUUGGGUGGGUACAGAUACCUAUUUCUAAGCUAUCUUGAAUAUGACUGUAUGUGACUGUAUGUGUGCAUGUGUGCAUCUUUAGGGACUUUACAUAAUGUGUCUCUGCUUCUAUAUGUCACACAUACACACACACACACACUCAUACACACGCACUCACAUAUACAUACACGCACACGCGCUCACACACACACACAUACCCUUCUUUAAGGCUAUGCUCCCACUCAGGUUUGUUUCUUUAGGCUCGGUUGCUUCCACUCCAUCUGUCAAAGCAGAAGACACAUGCAUACACUGCUCCAUCGAAAGUGCGAGUGGAGCUUCCUGCCUCAUCAGACCAUCUGAUGGGGAAACACAGAUCCACAUUCUUACUUUUCUCUGUUUCUGCCUGACAGCAGAACUGAGCCUUGGACAACUAGCACACACUAUAUACUCAUGAACACUGAGGCUGGGGAAGUUCCAGAAAGGUAGCCACACAUAAACAGCAUAGUGCCUGCCCGGGGCCAUACCUGCCUGUACAUAAGUGUCUCCUGGAGGGGUAUGGUAGGAGUAAUGAGGUUAGAGGUCAAGGGCUGCCUGUGGCAGGUGGAAAAUCACAGUAUUUCCCCUUCCUGCCUCUCAGACUCACCUUAGAAACCAUUGUUUCUCCUCACCGCCUCAGCUGAGACUUUGAACUUUCUCAAAAAAAAAAAAACAAAAACAAAAACAAAAAAAAAGUGCAUUUGGGCAACUGGAUUUCACAUAUACCUGAGUGGCCACUUAGGGUCAUCCUUGAACCUGUCCCUGGACAUGUCUUCUGCUGAAACAUCGGCCAUGGCCACAACCACUGCUGAGUGUCUGGGAUAGUGAGACGGGCUGGUCUGUGGCAGUAAGGAAUGGAGGAACUCUUACAUCGUGUGGGCAGCUGUGCAGUUUAUGGGUUCUUUGGGAGCAGGCAGAAGGUAAAUGGGAUAAAGGACAGAGCUAGCAGCCCUUUGGAGGCGAUAUACAGAGGAGCGUGUCUCCUGCCCUGGAGUAGGGCAGUCACAUGAAGUGUCUGUGUGCGCAAGUGCAGCAGAGCUCGGGGAGAAGGGAGUGGCCCUGCAAAUAGGACCUUCCAGAGAACAAGACGCCUCUGAGCCAGCUCUGACAGCUCAUCUCUUCCCUGCCUGGCUGUUUGAGCCCUGCCCACCUGGUGUGUGUGUGUGUGUGUGUGUGUGUGUGUGUGUGUCCAUGUCCACAUAUAUGUAAACCCAGGUUAGCUGUGCUGAGGAGGGAGCCUGCCUAUCCAUUCCAGAAUACUCUUCCGCAGGGCCCAGAGCCUCCUGCCCCCACCUUUGGCUUCUUUGGAGAUGUCAGAGGAGGCCUCAGGAUCCAGUUCCCGGCAUCUUUGAGCCCAGCCAGCCAGAACUCCCAUUAACCCAGAUGUUUCUAGUGGCCUCCCCGACACCCCAGUCAUGGUGUUCACAAGGACAGGACUGUGGCUACCAUGCUGCUCCUGCCUCUUAGAAUGACAAUGGGCCCGCGGCUGCCCACCAUUGGGCCUCAAGUGAAUGAGCAGUCCCUGAGAGUCAGCUGUAACCCAGCUUUCUACAAGACCCACACAUCACAUGACGGACAUGCUUGUUGACUGCUGUCCACAUGUGUAUCCUGGAUGGUUGUCUGGGGGCUGGUGUCUGUUGCAUGUUCUCAGAUGUGUGCUGCGUGCCCUCCACACCCCACAAACCAUCAAGCCCAAUUAUGCCCCCUUGGUGGUCCCAGGCCCAAGCCAGGACUCAAUGCUUCCAUUCUCCCUUUCCUUGCCUCUUACAAAGCACACUGCGUGUCCAUCUCUUGUGCCCGUGGGUCAUCAUGCUCCCAUCAUACCUUGAGCGUGUACACGUGUGUUCUAUGCACUCGCCCUGCCCUACCUACCCAACAGAGGACAAGAUGGUCAGCCCCUAGCUCCCUUCUCCCCCACCUAGCCUCUCCCCACGCCCCGCUGUGCAACUGUGUGCGUUGGUGUGUUUCUGUGUCGCUGGCGUGUCAUGUGAUGUAGCCAUGUUUGCUGACAUGAGCCCCUGCCCUUCUCUUUUUCUCCAUUGGUUUCUAGAACUCUCUUCCUCCCCUCCCCUGAGGGGACAGGACUCCUGGGGCCUAGCUGGGGGCCUGAGCCUGGCCACCCUCCUGUUAGCCCUCAGAGUCUUAUUUCUCUCUAUUGGUGACCAAGUUGCAAAUGGAUAAAAUACAGGAAAUUCUGACCCCCUGCCCCAGACCUGCAUGUCCUGUCCCCAGUGCCCCGAACCCCAUCCUGGGCCGGGUUGGGCCUGGCGGGACGGGAGAAAUAGCAACUAAUCCAACAGCGGGCUUCGGUGUGCUGACUUCCUUCUGUCCUCA